AUGAGGGACAGAGCUGCUGGUCCUUCCUCUCGCGACAUGAGUAUCGUGGACAGGACCGUUGCCGUCGUUCAAAAGAACCGACAGCUCGUUGUGGAAAACGUCGCGCUACCGGCCCUCCAACCUCACCAAGUCUACGUCAGCGUCGAAUGGGCAGCAUUCAAUCCCACGGACAGACUUGCGUUUGACGUCGAUGCAUUCGGAGAUGGCGCUGUCCUAGGCUGCGACUUUGUCGGCACUGUUUUUCAAGCUCAUCCAAAUGUGAGUAGGUUGCAAGUUGGUGAUAAAAUUGCCGCGUUAGUUUGGGGUGGUAAGUUUUCCCAUGGUUCUCACAGACUGUGCGUUACUGACCUUGGACUUGCACUUAUAGGGGAGAUAAAGGGUGUUGGGGCCUACUCGUCCUAUUGCAUCGCCGAUGAGCGCAUCUCAUUCAAGGUUCCGAAAACUGUCGAGGGCCCUAAGGCCAGCGCCGUUCCACUUUCCGCAAACACUGCGUACCUAGCACUAUUCUCCGAAGAUUGCCUCGGCCUCUCGCGGGAUGUAUCUACCACAAAGCCUCCUGUGCUCAUCUGGGGCGGAAGUUCCGUCGUCGGAUACUUCGCCAUCCAACUAGCCAAGCUUCACGGCUACCCCGUAGUCACCACCUGCAGUCCCCACAACUUCGACUACGUCAAGAAUGCCGGGGCUACCUAUGUCUUUGACUACAACGACGCUGAUGUAGUAGCCAAACUCCAGACCGCAGCACCGACGCUAUCACACGUCUUCGACACCAUCGGUAACGCAAGCUCCUCAGCGACGGCGGCCGCUGCUCUGAACGGCAGACCUGGAGUUCUCUGUACAGUCCGCCCGGGCAAGGCAAACACCGAGGAGGUGCCAAGCAACAUCAAAGUGACUGAUGUGUUCGUCUUCACCGCGUUUCCGAAGGCUCAUACGUACCGAGGACUAGUGCACUGGCCUGUCUCCAUGCCGAAUCACCUGCUAAGUGCUGAGCUGUACGAGCGGCUCCCAAGUCUGCUUGAGAGGAAUGCCAUCAAACCGCCUCCGGUGAAGGUGCUCGGAAGAUUGAGCCCUCAGUCAAUCAAUGAAGCAAUGGAAUUGAACCGUGCAGGAAAGAUAUCCGCAGAGAAGCUUUGCUUUGAUAUCUCUUCUGCUUUCAGUGAGCAGAGCGUAAGGUUGGCCUCAACAUUUAGCGCAUUGAGCGAGCCCUUCCCAUCGCAGAAACCAAGUCGUCAUCCAGGACAAGAUGUUUGUAGGCUGUAG